AUGCCUUGCUAUUUUGCCAUAAUCAGUAUUAAAGACAAUCCCAUCUACGAAGCAGAAUUCACCAAUCCUCAAUUCAACCAAUUUCCUCCAGAACUCAAAGAACUAAAUCCGUUUAUCCUUCAUGCGUCAUUGGACAUCUUAGAAGACCUACAAUGGCAAACACAUCCCCAGUCCGGUGCAAAUUCGGGAACAAAUAGUGGCUUUCUGCGAUCCAGACACUCCUCCAGCAAUAGUAACUGCUAUCUGGGCAAAAUAGACCAUUUUUACGGCCUGGCCAUUACAGGUUAUCUCUCAUACGGAAACAUGAAAUUUGUGAUGGUCCACAGCGGGAACGUCAACAAUGGGGCACCUGUAUUGAUCGACGACGUGUCAGUGAAAAGCUUUUAUCAAGAAGUGCACGAAUUGUACGUGAAAACCCUAAUGAAUCCUUUCUACACCCUGAAUGAUCCCAUCACAAGUCCUGUCUUUGACAGAAAAGUGCGGGCACUAGCCAAAAAGUAUUUGACAAAAUGA